AUGUGGCCUUCUUACGCCUGCAAGGCGAAGCCUGUCAGGUAUGUGGUGAAAUGGGACUCCAGCUCUGGCAGCGGUCUCGACGGUGACUACGUUGAAGCUGGCACUUGGAAUGGCAAGCCGAAGUUCAAGCAACGGAAUGGUCCCGGCGUCAUCUUCUACGAAGGCUUCUUGCGCAAGCUACCAGACGGCGAAGGCACACCAGGCUGGAAGCUGGGUAUUGAGGAGCGCGAAUCCAACCAUCAGUGGCAAGCUGUCAAGCACGGCUCAGCGAAGGAUGCUGUUCCUCCUGAGGGGAAGUACUGGAUGUAUGGAAGACAACACCCCUGGAUCCUCAAGCGGAAGGUUCCGGCGUAA